CGGAGGAGGGGGGGGGAUGGCGGGGCGGCGCUGGCGCUGUGCCGUGGUGGUAGCUGUUGGAGAAUGCGUGGGACGCCCAUCCCUCUUCUGGCCCAGAACUGGAGUAACGAGAGGGACUCCGAAAGAAGCCACGAUCCUUGUACUGGGAAUACGCAGUGGUGGAAGCAGCGCAGCCAGUGUGUGUCCAGGGGUAACUAGCCAAGAGUGUGUGGUGGCCUCUUUAUAAAGCAGCUCUUGAGCCUGUGCUGGGAUUUGUGUAGGUUGUUCUUUUUGCCAUAAGAAAGAUGCAUCAAUAUUAGAUGUCAGACCAGUUGUCAUCUGUGCUAAGCUGCAACCAAAAUGGCUAAGUACAGGCUUGUUCUCUUAAGACAUGGGGAAGGAGCCUGGAACAAAGAGAAUCGCUUCUGCAGCUGGGUGGACCAGAAGCUGAGCAGUGAUGGGAUAAAGGAAGCUCAGAACUGUGGCAAACACCUUAAAGCGCUGGGCUUUGAGUUUGACCUCGUCUUUACCUCUGUACUCAGUCGCUCCAUCCAGACUGCAUGGCUUAUCCUGGAAGAGAUGGGCCAAGAGUGGGUCCCCAUUCAGAGUUCCUGGCGACUGAAUGAACGUCACUAUGGUGCAUUAAUUGGUCUUAACAGAGCAGAAAUGGCUCUGAAUCAUGGGGAGGAGCAAGUGAAAAUAUGGAGGAGAAGCUAUGAUGUUACCCCACCUCCCAUAACUGAAUCUCAUCCUUACUACGAAGAGAUAUACAAUGAUCGUCGGUAUAAAUGCAGUGAUGUCUCUCAGGAUAAUCUCCCAAAAGCUGAAAGUCUAAAAGAUGUGCUUGAUAGACUUCUUCCCUAUUGGAACGAAAAGAUAGUGCCAGAACUGAAAAGUGGCAAAAUGAUCCUUAUCUCUGCUCAUGGUAACAGCAGCAGGGCAUUGCUGAAGCAUGUGGAAGGCAUCUCUGAUGAGGACAUCAUCAAUGUUACUCUCCCCACUGGUGUGCCCAUACUUCUUGAACUUGAUGAGAACCUGCACCCUCUGGGCCCUCACCAGUUUCUGGGUGAUCAAGAAGCUAUCCAAGCUGCCAUCAAAAAAGUGGAAGAUCAAGGGAAAGUAAAAUCUGCUGAGAAGUAAAAUUCCACUAACACAGCUGUUUUCAAAGUGUGGUAAUAAGUGAUUUAUGUAUGACUGCUAGGUUGCACUGUGUGAAAGUCUCAAUUUCAAGCACUAAAUAAUUGGAAGGGACAAUUGUUGAGUCUCAAGUUGGUAGAUUAACCUCUGCCUUUCAAAAACUGAAACUUAGAUCUCAGCAUGAGGUUACAGAUACUGAAAAACGAAAUCAAGAGAUCAUUCAGGUAAUGGAAACUUGCAGGGCAGUCUGCCCCAGAUCUAGGAUUGAGAGUGGCCCAGUACAGAAAUAAAGGGAUAUAUUAUUGGUGUCUACCAACAUUCAGUCUUAAUCUGUUAAGGGGAAAAGCACCAGCUUACUGGACUAAUUAGGUCCAGGUUGUUAUAGGCACUAAAACUUCCUUACUGAUAAAAUGUCACCAGGUAACGGAGUUAUCCAGUAUGAUUCCUCUGUGUCAAUGGCCAUGACAAUUUGUUCUGGAUGGAGUUCCUUUGGUAUUUCAGAACACUUUCAGCUGUACAACUCUUUGCCUUUGUUUUGAGUCUUCCAAGGCCAGUUCAUGGACCAGAGGAGAAUUUUGUACAGAUUUUCAGACUGUUGUAGUUACCAUACUUGUCUUUUCAUUACACCAUAUUCCAGUUUUGAAGUAACCUAGAAGCAAUCCCUUUUCCUCCACCAUCUUUGCAAAGCCUAGCAUGACUGCAUUUUGCUAGCUUGCAGUAAUAGGAUUUAACUUGGACUUUAGUCCAUAAACUAAGCACAAAGAUUUCCUGCUCAGUGUUUUAAUUAUCACUUAGCUCUUAGUGGGUGAUCUGAAUAGCUUUGAAACACUUAAGUAACAUGUACUAGAGGUUUCAUCAUCUCACAGUCAAAUUGUUAGAAUAAUUCUGGUUUACCUCAGUAAAACUGGAUAUAGGAAAAUCCCCCUCUAAGCUUUCUUUUGUUGCAAAGAUCUCUUGAUAAAUAGUUCCACAGUAAUAUUAGUGUGGCAUUCUCUGUAUCAAUUUCUCUGGAGGGCUGGAAGAGAUGCAUAAGGCAUGUAAGAAGUGUAUGGGUGCAGCUCAUUCAGCCAUCAUGCUGGUAGGGAGUGAUGUUCUGCCAUGCCUAAAAGCGUUUUCCUAUAAAACUCUCCUCACAAUCAUAGCUUGAUCCUACUGAGUGUGCCUUGCUGUUGCAUUUGGCACUAAAUUUGAACAGUUCGCACUGUGGUCGUGUGUAAGUGCAGCACGUAUGGCAGUUUGUUCUCCUUAUGUACAUGAGCAUCAAGAUAAUUCCACUUUUGAAGACUUGCUCUAAUCUUACUUGCAAAUCCGAAACUGUUGCUUAAAUUUAUACCUGACCCAGUGUUUCAACACCUGAACAUCUGGAUUCUGGCCUCAGUUACCAACAUGGGUGGCACUUGUGUAUGUACUGUUUGAGCUGAAUGCAUUCUCAGCAUGGCCCAGCUACAAAUAUCAAGAGAAGCUGAUGAGAAUUCCAUUGGUAUGAUGAUAGUUUAAACUUAAAAUCCUAGAGUGGCUGCUUCUUUGCAGUGAGGUGUGCUGUAGCUCAUUUUUUAAGUGUGAGAGUAUGGUGGUGUGUUUUUCCUUUGAGGAGAGCAGUGUGACAGUGUGGUAUGCCUCAGACAGUCUCCCUGCUAUAUGGAUGCAGACUUUCCAGGUCUGAUGCUAGCUCAUGUUAGUGUAGCGCAUACUCCAUAAAAGACUUCUUGCUAGGUGGUAGUUUCUCUUGCAUGAAUGAUGCUCGGGCUUCUUUUUGGUUUUGUUUUUGUAGCCCUUGCAGUAGGAACAAAGUUACGUGUUUCUCUUUUAAACAUAAAGCUGGUAGGUUUCAUCUUGCUUUGUACAAGUAAGGAUAUUUCAGUGUUGUUUUUUCUCUGAAAUACUAUUAGCAGCUUCCCUGCUGCUCUACUUGACACUGACUUAUUUUUUGUGGUUUCUUAGUUUUGUGUACAUAGAGUAACUCUGAAUCUUAGUUGAUACUUUACAUGUCAGUGUUCUGGAGUUAGAUUGUUAAUCAGCAAAUGUUCAUCUGUCAGUGCCCUUAGGAGGACCACUGGCACUCAAGUGAUUGUGUUCUUCCCCGAACAUUCAAUAAUGUGUGAAGUUCAGUAUGAAGUAAAAAUUACUGUAGGCUUAUUAACAAGUCAAGUGGAGCCGCCUGUUGUCAGUGGGAACUGCACGCAUCCAGAUAUGUGGGCUUACAGGCCUUGGCUAUCAGUGUCCGUAGCCCUUUGGCAUUGUGGUAUUGUAAUGUAGAACUUCUUCAGGACUUGAGGUGCAGCUGAAAUAUAUUUGGAAACGAAUCCAGCUGAACUGGGAGAUAUGCUCUCUCCUCCCCUUCUCUUAGAAAAUCUGUGAUCCCUUUUGGGAAUGGAAAAGUGGGUGAGUAAAUGUAGAGAGCGUUAGUAUUUCUUCUUGCAGCUGAAUGGAUGAAAUUGACUGAAAAAGGUCUUUCAAAGAGUCAUGGACAGUAAGAAAAGAACAGCAGUGUGAUGUUUUCAGGUGGCACAGUUUCUGCAGUGCUGCUUGAGAUGUCAGUAGUGACACUUCCCUGGGAAGUUUGGAGUCACAACCAAAGCAAAUGAAGUCAAAGUGAUGACAGGAUUUUAUGUGAAUAUCUGGCAGCAGUACUACCUUGCAAAAGUGUCAAAUGGAACCAACUGGGGAUUUCAUUGUGCUUUUUAAGAUUAUUUUAACACCAUGCAAUGCUUGCUUCUGAAUAGCCUUCUAAUUAAAUUAAUGAUUCAUAAAAUGUGUAUAUUCAAGAGAUUUCCAUCAACAGUGGCAUAUGGAUGCCUGACCUUCAGGCAUAGCUACAUUAGAGGGAGAAAUGAGGAUCUUGCUGAUGGCUUUAGAAAUCAUUGUUUGGAAAACACUUUCAUCAUGUUUGAUUGAAUAUGCCUCAAAGUCCUAUAAGGUAACCAAUAUUUCUACAGUUGACAUUAUGGAUGUGGUUGAUUUGGUUUGUUUAUGCAUUUUUAACUUGUGGUCUGAUAGCAAUAAUAGCUCUAGAACCUUCUUGUAAACCUCUGUAAAUACGGUGGAGCUGGCAGGGUCUUUAUAACUCAAUAAAUUCAUCUGAAAUAAAAUUAAAUUUGACUUGAA